AUGAAAUAAGAAAAAGAAAUACGGAAAACGAAGAGAGAGGGAUAUAUAAAUAGAAGGAAGAAGAAGGAGAGGGAAGAAGAUAAAGAAAAUAAAGAUUGGGAGCGUAUGUCAAUGGCCGUCGAGAUGUCAUCAAAACAACCCACCAAAGAUUUCUUCUCCUCUCCAGCACUCUCCCUCUCUCUCGCCGGGAUAUUCCGGAAUGCAUCCCCCGGCAGCACGAACCCUGAAGAGGAUUUUUCGGGAAGAAGGUUAGCUGACGAUGAGGAUCGGACGGUGGAGAUGAGCAGCGAGAACUCGGGACCCACAAGAUCCAGGUCAGAGGAGGAUUUGGAGGGCACAGAGGAGGAGGAUGAGGAGGAGGAGGACACUGGUGCAGGAAACAAGGGCAACAAGAGGAAGAGGAAGAAGUAUCAUCGCCACACCACCGAUCAGAUUAGACACAUGGAGGCGCUAUUCAAAGAGACGCCGCAUCCGGACGAGAAGCAAAGACAGCAGCUGAGCAAGCAAUUAGGGCUGGCUCCUCGCCAGGUCAAGUUCUGGUUCCAAAACCGCCGCACCCAGAUCAAGGCAAUUCAAGAACGGCACGAGAACUCGCUGCUGAAAGCGGAACUAGAGAAGCUGAGAGAGGAAAACAAAGCGAUGAGAGAGUCGUUUUCCAAGGCUAACUCUUGCUGCCCCAACUGCGGAGGACCCGAUGACCUCCACCUCGAAAACUCCAAACUGAAAGCCGAGCUCGAUAAGCUUCGUGCGGCUCUCGGACGCACUCCCUAUCCCCUGCAGGCCUCAUGCUCCGAGGAUCAACAACACCGUCUUCUUGGCUCCCACGAUUUCUACUCGGGCGUCUUUGCCCUCGAAAAGUCCCGCAUCGUCGAGAUAGCUAACCGAGCCACCCUUGAACUCCAGAAGAUGGCCACCUCUGACCAGCCUCUUUGGCUCCGCAGCGUUGAGACUGGCCGUGAGAUUCUCAACUACGACGAGUAUCUUAAGGAGUUUCCCCAAGCUCAUCAGGCCUCCUCUUUUCCUGGAAGGAAAUCCAUCGAAGCAUCCAGAGAUGUGGGUAUCGUGUUUAUGGACGCACAUAAACUUGCCCAGAGUUUCAUGGACGUGGGGCAAUGGAAAGAUAUGUUUGCGUGCUUAAUCUCAAAGGCCGCGACGGUUGAUGUAAUCCAGCAGGGUGAAGGGCCUUCAAGGAUCGAUGGUGCCAUUCAGUUGAUGUUUGGGGAGAUGCAACUGCUCACUCCGGUUGUCCCCACAAGAGAAGUGUACUUCGUGAGAAGCUGCCGGCAGCUGAGCCCUGAUAAAUGGGCCAUCGUGGACGUAUCGGUCUCUGCGAGGAGGAGGACACAACACGGACAAGUUCAACCUAUAUUCCGAUCCUGUGUCAACACCGGUUUGGCCUUUGGGGCUCGACACUGGGUCGCCACCCUCCAGCUCCAGUGCGAACGCCUCGUCUUCUUCAUGGCUACCAACGUCCCCACCAAGGACUCUCUCGGGGUUACAACACUGGCCGGGAGAAAGAGCGUGCUGAAGAUGGCGCAGAGGAUGACACAAAGCUUCUACCGCGCCAUUGCUGCAUCAAUACAUCAAUGGACCAAAAUCACCACCAAAACUGGACAGGACAUGAGGGUUUCUUCCAGGAAGAACCUCCAUGAUCCUGGCGAGCCCACCGGAGUCAUCGUCUGCGCUUCUUCCUCCCUCUGGUUACCUGUUUCUCCCACUCUUCUCUUCGAUUUCUUUAGAGAUGAAGCUCGUCGCCAUGAGUGGGAUACUUUGUCAAGCGGAGCUCAUGUUCAGUCUAUUGCAAGCUUAUCCAAGGGACAAGACAGAGGCAACUCGGUGUCUAUCCAGACAGUGAAAUCGAGAGAAAAGAGCAUAUGGGUGCUGCAGGACAGCUGUACAAACUCAUAUGAGUCGGUGGUCGUAUACGCUCCUGUAGAUAUAAACACGACACAGCUGGUGAUUGCAGGACAUGAUCCAAGCAACAUCCAAAUCCUUCCCUCUGGAUUCUCAAUCAUACCCGAUGGAGUAGAAUCAAGACCACUGGUAAUCACGUCCACACGAGAGGACAGAAACACCCAAGGAGGGUCUCUGCUCACACUCGCCCUCCAAACGCUCAUCAACCCUUCUCCAGCAGCAAAGCUGAAUAUGGAGUCCGUGGAAUCCGUCACAAACCUCGUCUCUGUCACCCUGCACAACAUUAAGAGAAGCCUGCAAAUCGAAGACUGUUGAUGGCAGAGGUGUCACUCACUCUUGUGAUGAUGAUGAUGAUGAUGAUGAUGUUACCUUACCUAUAUAUAAGUAUAUCAUAAUGUAUAGCAGUGCAUUAAGUUUUGUACAAAAACAAGCCACUCAAUCUCUUCUGCAAUCAUUCAUAAGAACCGAAGACACA